UGGCCAGACUAUGAUAGAUCAUUUCCCGAGUAAUUUGAAACAAGAGAUUGCUCAUACCUCCCACAGGAUCAAACGACCUCCCUCCGUUCCCAAAACCAGGACAUCUCCAUACUUUGCGCCCGCAACCGCGAUGCUGCGAAUGCGCUCCGGAAAAGGCACUAGCGCCUCCUGGUUUCCCUUUUCCCGACUGUAUACAUGGACCACAGCCUUGUCUGCCUGGGCGGAGAAGAUAUGCGACGGGCUUACAGCCAGGCAAUUGGUCGUGGUGGAGCUCUUCUUGAAAGUCGAUCGCAGCUGAGGGGAAGGCUGGAAUUCCUGAAGGCAAAUGCCGACAUCACGUAGCGUGGCGGUCGGAGUUUUCGCAGAUGACAGCGUCGACGCGACGAAGGAUUCGGAAAGCAUGGAGAAUGGGGCGCGGUGCAUGAAUUAUGGAGAUUGGGGGUUGACUGUCGUUAAAAAAAUGAGACAGAGAGCUUUCAUCAUUCUCCCCAGCCGCGUCCAUUUUUUUUUCCCGUUGCGAUAAGUCUGAUUGAUAACGCUGCGUUUGCACCGUUUGCAUUUAGCACAGCCUGGAAAUGCGCGCCAUUUCCUCCGCAAUGUGACGAGUUCCAAACUCUACUGGCGACGCGAUCGGACAAGAUGGGGUUCGGAGUUUACUUUAAUUUACUCAAGCAUACAGGGCAAGCCCAAGGAAAUCGAAUCUAUCAUUUGAGCCUGCCGAGUUGGACAUGUCAUUGUUUUGGAGGGACGCCACACGAUAAGCAGUGGAAAUUAGGGUUAAGCUAGGGAAGUAUGGGAGAACUUCUUUGGACUGGACACAGACACAAUUUUACACUUUACAGUGACGAAAACAUGACUUACAAUAGUCACAAGGUUGAUGAAGAAAUAAGACAGAUUGUUUAACCAAAGCUUCUUACUUGGCCGGGCCUGACGUGCAAAGAAUUCUCGCCAUGGCGAAGCAUUUUAUAUUCAAGUUUCAGACUGCGGCCAAGCAUGAGGAGCUUCGAUGCAAGGGGCAUCCCUUCUCCUGUUGCGACGAGACACAACAUGCAAUACAUCCAAUUGGGGCCCGCUCACGAACACCCUCUGGUCGAUCCUAUGGCCCUUCUCAAGGGCGCUGAUUCGCCACGGUCGCUCUUUCCCCCCUCCCUCCAUCCCAGUUGUCUCAUUCCUGGGCUCCACUCGGUCACCCAACUAUGACGGUGUUAAGCGACCAGCGAGGUUCUUUUCCACGUUGACGGGCUCCUGCAGACCCUUGGCUUCUUCGGAUGCUAGAUUUCGAGCCAAUCAUGAACCCCCACAGCCUUAGAUCUCACCUCUGGCGGGAAUGCAAGGACGGACGUGAGCUCAUUCUCACUAUUAUUGCUAUGGCCCGUGCCUGGUGCAAGCUGAGAUUCGUGCCGAAGGGGAGGGACCUGGGGAACGGUUUCCUAGAAGAAGGGGGGGCAACGCUUCCUCUUCACUCGGUACCCUGUUUCGACAUGCCCGGGGAUUCUUGAUGACAGGAGUGAUGUUCUAGCCCUGUCAAGGGGGAUUUGCACAAUCUCAAUGCCCUGGUGACCCUUCUAUCCACCUGGCGACUGGUUGCUUUCGUGCCUUAGCGCCACUCCGGUUGUAUAAGGAUAUUUCGAGCCCCUGCUUAGACAUAGUGUCCGCCUUUGCCUUUGUUUUGAUCCUCAAAUUCCCUACAACGUACGACGGUGCUGAUUGUUACUGUGUCACGAUCUCAUCUGGUCCCUCUUGUGCAACGAUCAUUUUGCUUUUUGGGACGGGCCAUUCUAUUGAACACCGGACUAGGGCUUGUCAUCACCUCACCAAAGACCCGGCCGCCAUGGCCGCCACGGACUGCGGUCCUUCGAAAAUGCCUAACAGUGCAUGUUUCCCAGCCCGAAUGCAAUCUCAUACACGAAACCAACCAUCCAGUUCGUCGUCGUUGAGCCACGAUGCCAUGGCAUUCGGCGAUGCCAUUCCGGAACCCAUCCCAUCGCCACGCCGGUGGUCCCCCACAUAUCAGCCUCGUCGCAGAACAAGCAGGCAUUAUCCGACAUCACUGUCUUUCGUUCAAGCUCCAACGUUGCCUCGGGCAGAGCUUCAUGACCACUACUCGAUGUCUCUGCCUCGUCGACCUGCGGACCGUGGGCCAUCCUGUAUCUCGCCCUUCCGAUCAGUCCGCAGAAUGAAGGAGCCCUUCCCCUUGAUGUUGCCAAGUUCUCCAGUGUCCGCUUCUUCACACGUGUCAGUGUCAUGGGAUAGUGCACCGUCAUUACCCACGAAGCAAACGCCUCAGUCUACCAAGCCGCCGGCCGGCCAUGCACUGAGAACAUGGCGAUCAGACCAAAACCUAACAUCCGCAAGCAUGGCUGCAUUUGGCCUGAUGCCCAGUCCUCCAAUUUCCGAAUCCAGGCCGGCAAGUAGUGAUCCAGACGCAUCAUACUUUGAUCGUAAAAGCGAAGAGACCCCCGCCGAACUAGAAAAUGUGGAGACUACUGAGGGUAUUUCAGAGGUUACCAACAGUACAGAGGACAACAAGCACCAGGACAGCACGGAUCAUGUGGACGUGUUGCAUCAUACGACGGAGGAAUCUAACAUUGAAGAAAAGUCACCUUAUCAACCCUACCGUCCUUCAGGCCGGCAAGCCAAGUCCAAGUCGGCCGAAAAUCGACGAACGGAUGUGACAAAUGUCCACGAGGCACACUCGAAUUUGAUUCGACAAUGCGAAGAGACACUUGCGUCAACCCCAACCACAAAAAAGCCUGAUAAGCAGGAACCGACGCCGGUUACAUCACCUGCCUCUCUGCACAGCGCUAAGGCUUCCAUGCCUACUACCUCCCCGAGACCGCAAAGGCCAAGGGCAACGACUGUCUCAAGUGAGGCCAGUUGGAUACCGAGCAACUUCUCGUAUUGUGAGACAUGGUUGCAAGGUGUGCCACUAGAUCCGUUAGAUAAAGACGACAACCCCAAAGAAUUCAACCGUCGAAAAUUCCAGAUUAUCGAACAAGACCCUCCAAUGCCAAAACUGGAUAUCAUCCCGGGUGCGCGGACCUUGGACGAGCCGGUGCGAUUUGCCGUUGCUAGUAAGCCAAGGCUGGUGGACAUUUCCCGGCAAUCUUCACCAUCUAUGGGUCCGAUGGGCCCGCCACCACCACCCAUAGUCCGUCAGACUGUGUGUGUACCAAUGACGCCCGACCAGCGGCAAGAGGAGGUUUCUGCAUUCAGUCCAGACACUCCAUUAGACACGCCGAUGGAAAUGUCGGAUAGCGGUUAUGGUACACGCGAAUCCGGCUAUUCUAUGGAAAGCUACCCGGAUAGCAAGGACGAUGACACCUACUCCGAUCCAGGAUCCUUGACCUCUGACAGUGUGACAUCUACUGUCAUCGGAGACAGACCUGAAUCCACCCUUGGCGAGCGCGAGGCAUUCUUGCAACCUGAAAUCCGAUCAGGCAGUGUCAGUCCAAAGGCAUCUCCAGGACCACCAAGCCACUCACCAGGUCGAACCUCCCACACUUCGGAUGAUGACAAGUACGAAAAGCAGGCAUCAUGGGACCGCCAGUGGACAUUAGAUGACCAUGAGUGGACUUUGUGCGAGCUUGAACACUCGGUAAAGGAUUUCCCUCGCCACAUGCUUCGACUUACCUCACCCGUCAUCGUCUUCCUACGAAAGAGCGACGAAAAGGCUCUACUUCGACCAUUCCGAAUUAUUUUCCCAACAGUCGCAGAAAACCUGCUCGACUGCCUCUGUGCAGCACUCCUUGCUCGCAAUUACCUUCUUUCACUGGCAAAACUACAUCGACGCAAACCCUCUCUUUCAUCACGAAAUGAUGUGUAUGCCGUGGACGCAGUCCCCACAAAAGCAUACAGUACUCUGGGAAUACAACUCCCAACCGCAUCACCCGGUCGCAUCAAAGAUCGCCUGCUGGGCUCACGCAGCACCGAACUGCGUCAGGAUGUCGAACGAAUUAUCGACAACCUGCUCUUUGCUAUCUGUGGCAAGUCCGACGAUACUCUCAAGUCAGCCAUUGAGGUACUAGCUCAAGUACUUGAAACCAAUGCCCCGCAUUAAUCCCUCCUUUUUUUUUUUUUUUUUUUUUACGAAAUCUCUUUGUCGAUUCUUCUUUCUCCAUACAUCUCUCCUUGAUCAUCUCCUUUCUUCGACUCUACUCCACCUUCGCUCACCUCUGAUUCAUCUCCAAAGUAAUGAUUCCCACCCUUCGAUUGACUCGAAUAUUUUCUAUCCUGUUACCGUCGUCAUGCGUUCAUUUGUUUUAACUUCAUACCCUUGCAUUGCGAUUCGCUCCUUGAGAAGUGCUCUGGUCGCUGGUGGGAGCUGUACAAUUAGCUUGAUAGUAGCAUAGUAAAGCAUAAUCAUAAUGGCUUUCAAUAUUCAUAUUCCGAGGGAAGAAGACGUAAGCUAUCAAUUAACCAGUUCCCGCACCCUAAACAAGCUUAAGUGAUUGAAUCAAGCUUAAUUCUCGGCGAUGGGUGUUCUCACCGAGAUCGGCGG